AAUUUCCGCAUUGUUAAAUAUAGAUGCAUUGCACUUGUGUUUUACAUUUAAAUUCUGGUUUCUUAUAUCAGAGCUUAUAGUUUCUCUGAGUACUUCGCCGAGACACUACGACACAUAUAUUAAAUCAAGUCAUAAUGGGAAAUCAAAUUGGAGCGUUACUUUUUCAAAACGAAACAUGCAAUUCUGAGUCAGGACAGUGGGCUGUUUUUCACUUCCGACCAUCAACGUCCGGUCAGCGACUCGUAGGCUUCAAGGGUAUUACAACCGAAUACAUGGCGGGCAAUCAGCUGGUCAAAGUUUUCAAGCAGAAAACUGAUAAUGACUGGAACUCGUCCCAUCGACGAAGCUCGAGUUACAUUGAAAACAAAGAAAUCGCCCAGAAGUACUUAAGGAAAUAUGAAGGGAAUAGUAUAACCUUCUUGGAACUUCAUGCGGCAGAGAUGGAUCGGAUAGCUGUCUUUUCGCGACACAUCCGUUCUAGCAACAAACGUCAUAAACUCCGUCUCAGUGAAGAUGACGUUGUAGUUUUCGAAAGACACCUCGGGAAACAUUUCGAAACAUUUAUUAAACGUGACGGUACCGUGAACGGAAACUGUUGUGCUGAACUACAGGAGUUCGUUCAUUUCGUUUACAACGAGUCGAAAGGACAAGAAAUUGUGACAGGUUUAAAAGGAGUGAUGACCAAACAAGGUCAAAAGUUCAAACUUACGUCACCGGCAAUGAACUCGGUUUCCAAGAAAUAUGGACCCGACGAUUUAGGGGAAAAGGCAAUGCUCAACUUUUUUACCUCACAUGUUUGCACUGACGUUUGUUCGCAAUGGCCCAAACCUACUAUUCUUCAUCCAUUCGACAAUUUAGAGACAACUAUCAAAACCCAGAACUUCAUUACGGCUACCACAGAUAUGCCAUUCAGAAAUGAUGACAAGCCGCCUGUUUAUGAUUCAAAAUGGCGUGUCGAUUUCGAGAACUCGAGAACAUUUUCCAGUCAAAUGGAACCAACCGCACCACCAUCUUAUGACUUAAUUACCUGAAUAAUCUGCACUUUCGGUAAACUAAAGCAAUCCCUGCUAGUUGCUUGAUACACUACCCACUGUAAUCAAUGAGCAACACUGCUUACACCUUCCGAGUGAAAGCUUCACGUGAAACUCUCGAAAGUUCUUGAGGAGUGCCGAUUAACCUAGUCUGCAGUUUCGUUUUAGUAACAUUUAUCAUUGUUAUCUUGACCAUAUUUCACAUAUCGGAUUACCACAAUCUAUAUAUGAAGAUUUCGUCAUGUUUAUGACAACAUAGGUUAUAUGAAGAAACUGACUCAAAAGGGUUUUUGAUUGAUAUAUAAAACAGUACUUCCUGCAAUAGUCACAACCGUAUACCAUUUUGUGUGGAAAUAAAGUGAUCAGCUUCAACGAUCAUUUGCUUAUGAGUUGAUGUAUUGUUAAAUAGGGUACAUCACAAUCUUAGUUCACUAUUAAGGACUAAACAAACUGCUGAUAAUUAGUAGACUAUGUAUACUUGAACUACCACUUUAGGACCUUAAGAUAAACUCAUCACAGAUAUUUGAUUUCAACAAAUCAGAUAAUAAUAUUUGAAUAAUAGCACAACAUUGUAUUUUUAGGAACACAUUAACAGUACAAGAACACCUGAUUUGUCAUACUAUCAGGACCGUCUCUAUGCAAAUUGUGACAACUGGGCUAUCGUUACUGGCUAGUCUAGAUGUAUAUCUACCGCCUGUUGACAGAAUAAUGGCACCAUCUUUUGGUCGGGUUCAAUUUCAAUUUCAACAAAUUUUAUUGACAUGGAUGGAAAGUCAAUAGGAUUAGACAUCAGGCAUAGCCUAUCUAAGUCUUCUCCUUAACAACAGGUGGUAAGAAAUACAGACAAAUAUAAUGUAUAUGUACACAUUAAUAUAUUACAAAAUGACUUAAGGGGAAGUAACUCCUUGAGGUUGAUGGACUUAUUCAAUGUUGUUUAGGAGAGUAACCCUUUGACUAAGGGUACUUAAUUUUAUAUACUGGUUUAUUAUAUUAUCAGUUAAUAAUAGAAAGCAAUAAAAUAUUAAUAUUCAUAUAA